GCGGGGUCUGGGUACCUCCUCUGUCCUCGGGCCGAGACCGGAGGGAUGUUCCCUGCUCAGGAGGAGGCCGACAGGACGGUGUUUGUGGGGAAUUUAGAGGCCCGAGUUCGGGAAGAGAUUCUUUACGAGCUGUUCCUUCAGGCUGGGCCAUUAACCAAAGUGACUAUAUGCAAAGACAGAGAAGGAAAGCCGAAGUCUUUUGGAUUUGUCUGCUUUAAACACCCUGAAUCGGUGUCUUAUGCCAUAGCUUUGCUGAACGGAAUUCGUUUAUAUGGAAGACCAAUUAAUGUACAGUAUCGAUUUGGGAGCUCUCGCUCUUCUGAACCAGCCAACCAAAGUUUUGAAAGCUGUGUCAAGAUAAAUUCACACAGCUACAGAAAUGAAGAUGUUGUGGGCAGAUCUUCCUUUCCCAUGCAGUUCUUUCCAAUUAAUAGUGCAGCUUUACCUCAAGAAUGUUUCUUUCAGAAGAUGCAGCGGCACACGCUUAACCCAGCCCUGCAGCCUCCUUACUAUGAGAUGACGGCUCCGCUUCCCGGCAGCACGGCCGGGUCUUCUUCACUCAACUGUCUUCCGGGUCUAGAGGCUGGACCCAGCUCUUAUGAAUGGACUCACCAGCAGCCCAGUGACCCUGAGCUUCAUCAGACAAAUAAACGAAAGAGGCAAAAACAAACCAGUGAUAGUGAUAGUAGCACAGAAAAUAACAGAGGAAAUGAAUACAGCCAAAAGUUCCGGAAGUGUAAGAAAAAGAAAAGAUAUUAGGUUUAUGUUCAAAUGAAAUUUGUCUAUGCUGCUCUUCAUUUUCUUAAAAAAAAAAA